UUGUAGACACUGGAUCUGUACUAUACUUAUGACACGCGUGACCUUACUAACGUGAUUACGUCAUGCGUGGCAGAUCGCAGAGCUAGUGCAAGACGAGCAUUCGUGGUUAAAAAGUAUAUACUUUUUUUUUUUUUUUUUAAGAAAAUAAAAGAUCGUUUCGCUAGAUAAGACCCUUAUUCCUCGUCUGGGAUCGUGUAGAGCCCUUUGAAGCUGCACUGAAACUGCAAUUUGGACCUUCCACCCGGUGAACCCCACUGAAGUCCACUAUAUGGAGAAAAAUCCUGGAAUGUUUUCCUCAAAAACCUUAAUUUCUUUUCGACUGAAGAAAGACAUAAACAUCUUGGAUGACAUGGAGGUGUGUAAAUUAUCAGGAAAUUUUAAUUCAGAAGUCAACUAAUACUUUAAAUUACCAUCAUCCACUACAGAUUAUUCAAACAAUCAAACAAACUAUCAAAUUUAUAGUAGCCUAAAUGUCUAAUGUCUAGAUUGUAAUUCUUUCUGUAAUAAACCUUUCAGCUUUACUAUUUCUGUUUGUAGACAAAACUGCAUUAAAUCCAAAUCCAGAGGAAAUAUCAUAAUCAAAAUGUGGAAGAAAUCAAAAGUAUCUGAUCAGACCGCAACUGGGCAAGUGGGCAUCAAAAAGAAAUCCAAAGUUCCAGGAGUCAUGAUCACACAGUUCAUAGAAGAACUUCCUGAGGGAAAGAGCCAUCCAGAUUUUAUCCGCAAACCUAUUUCUCUCACCAUUCAAGAAGGUAAAUUGGCUAUUUUCAAGGCCAUUGUAGUAGGUGAUCCCACUCCUACUGUAACAUGGGCAAGAAACAAUGGUGAUAUUUCAGAUCCAAAAAAAUAUCAAACCAAAUUUGACCCAAAUUCUCGUGAACACACUAUUGAGAUGCCAAAUGUUUCUCCAGAACAAGCAGACACCUAUAAAUGUUUUGCUACUAACGAAUUUGGAAAGGCUAUGGUCACUGUUAUCCUGAACAUCAUUGAAGUGGGUUUCAAGAAAAACAAAGCUAACCAGGAGUCCAUUGCAACUGAUCUGAAAGAGCUCAAGGCUGUCCUGAAAAGGAAAAGUAAGGUUCGCCCAAAAACCGAAGUAAGGAAAGAUGGUGAAAUUGACCCAAAGUUCUGGGAGAUUUUGCUGAGCUCCGAUAAGAAAGAUUAUGAGCGCAUUUGUGCAGAAUAUGGGGUGACUGACUUCCGCUGGAUGUUGAAGAAACUGAAUGAGAUGAAAAAGGAGAGAGAAAAAGAGCAAGCAGAGUUCAUCAAAAGCAUUUCCACCCUCAAACACAUUGAUGUGAAUCCUGAUGGAACUGCUUCUUUUGAACUUAAUCUUAACCUUCUAGACCCCAGCAGUAAGAUUUUCAUCUACAAGGAUGGUGAGAUGAUUCCAUAUUCUCAAGAUCUUGAUAUAGAAAUGAAACACAACCUGAAUCAAGUAGGCAAGAAAUACAUCUUCACAAUUAGGGACCUUGUCCCAGAUGAUGCUGGCCUUUACCAGUUGGACAUAGAGGACGUCAAUGUGUUUUCCACUGAAUUUAAGAUUCCAAUGGUGGACUUUCUGAUCAAGUUGAAGGAUGUGAAAGCCAUGGAGAGGGAGGAUGCUAUUUUUGAGUGUGUCCUCUCCAAACCUUUAUCUAAAAUCAUGUGGGUUGGAAAGAACAAUCGAUUAGAACAGGGAGAGAAAUAUGACAUCACUGUGUCCGAAGACAAACUGAUCCACAGGCUGGUGGUGAAGGACUGUAUGCAGGUGGAUAAAGGCAUCUAUGCGGCUGUGGUUGGAAUCAAAUCUUGUAACGCCUGGCUAAUAGUGGAAGCCGAUAACAAUCUGGAUUCUAAGGGCAAAAAGAAACCCCGAAAAACAACCCAAGCCGGAGGGGCAGGAGCUGAUUUGGCAAAGAUCGCUGCAGAGCAGCAGGUCAAGCUACAGAAGGAAAGAGAUGAGAGAAUUGCGGCUGUCAAAACAGCCAGUGCUGAGAAAGAGGCAGCAGGUGCGGUGGACAACAGUGCUUCUGCAUCGUCUUCUGCAGAGAGUUCUAGUGCUGAGAAAGAGGAAGCAGGUGUGGUGGACAACAGUGCUUCUGCAUCUUCUACUGGAGAUAGUUCUAGUGCUAAGAAAGAGGAAGCAGGUGUGGUGGACAACAGUGCUUCUGCAUCUUCUACUGGAGAUAGGUCUAGUGCUAAGAAAGAGGCAGCAGGUGUGGUGGACAACAAUGAUAGAACUCACUGCACCAGUGGAGAGUCAAAUGUACAUAUUGUCAGAGGCGAACCAGCAGAACUUGCUUGUAACCUAAGCACCAGCAAAGCAAACAGGGAUGGGGAGAAGUUGUACUCUAAAGUUGGAGAUAAACAAGAGUUAGUAAUACAAAGCUACAAAGAUUCAUCCUCAGGACAGAAUCGGGCUGAAGUGAUUGAGUGCAAGACUGACGCAAUGGAAACAGCUGGAGAUCUUCCUAAAUUUGACCCUGAUGACCUGCACAAGUUCUCCAAAAACGUGGUGGUUAAAGUGGGCCAAACUGCUUCCUUUAAAAUGCCAUUCCCACCUCAAGACUCAUCAGAGAUCAACUGGUUUAAGGAUGGCACAGAGCUUUUUGAUGGAGGCAGAAUAAAAGUAGUAAAGGAACUAAACCAGAGCCGCCUUCAGAUAAAAGAAUGCCUGCGAUCUUACUCAGGGGAAAUUAAGAUCCAGCUUAAAAACCCUUUUGGCACCGCAGAGGCCUUCUCUAGGCUUAUUGUGGUCGACAAACCAGGUCCACCACAAGGGCCAGUAGAAGUGACUGACAGCUCAUCUUCUGUCAUUGAACUUAAAUGGAAUCCACCAAGUGACACCGGUGGCUCUGAAGUGACAAACUACCUUGUUGAGCGUCAGCAGGUAGGGCAGAGUGUGUGGAAGAAGGUGUGGGAUAGUUCAGCCAACCGCCUGUCCUUUCGAGACAGAAAUGUGUCCCAUGGCAAGAAAUACAUAUACCGAAUCUACGCUGGGAACUCUGAGGGUAUCAGUGAUCCUCUGGAGACGGAAAGCAUCAUGGCUGGAACUCUGAUUUUCCCUGGUCAACCUGCCCCUCCUAAGGUGGUCGGCGUGUUCAAAAACUGUAUCAACCUAACAUGGACUCCACCAGAGAAAGAUGGAGGAACCAAAAUACUGGGCUACCAGCUGGAGAAACGCAAGAAAGAUACAAACCAGUGGGUGACUCUGAACCAAGUUAAUGACCCUAUUCAAGCUCUGAAGUAUGCAGUGAAGGAUGUCUCUGAGGGGUCAGAGUAUGAGUUCAGAGUAUCAGCCAUUAAUAUGUCUGGGGCUGGAGAACCCAGCGCUCCCUCUGUGAUGGUCUGUGCUAAAAACCCCAACAUCAGGCCCCGCUUCAAAGAUCCUAUAGACUUCAUGGUUGUGAGAGCAGGAAAUUCUAUCAGAAUCAAAGUCGAUUAUGAGGGCUCUCCACAACCUGACAUCACAUGGCUGAAAAAUGAUGAAUCUGUGUCCCCCUGGGUCAACAUCAUCAAUGUUGAGGACGCAUCCACACUCGUCAUCCCCUCGUCAAAGUAUUCAGACUCGGGUGUUUAUACCAUCAUGGCAAAGAACUCUAGUGGACAGUCCAGCUUUGACAUACAAGUCAGAGUAGCAGAUGAACCAAUGCCUCCAGGCCCAGUGGAGCUAGAACAGGUUGUUUAUGGUAAAGUCAUUAUCACAUGGGCUCCAUCUCCAGACCAGGGGAAAGACGAUCGACUGCACUACUUGGUGGAAGAACGUGAUUCCAACACACGUGUUUGGCACACAAUAGCUGACCGUCUGUUUUGCAACACUUAUACUGCCUCUGUCCACUCUGGUCGUGAAUACCACUUCAGAGUCUAUGCAAGAAAUGAUAUGGGAUUUUCUGAUCCAUCUAAAUCGCCAACGUGGGGGAUUAACGAGCUGAGAGUGCCACUAGUCAAAAGCUUACCGGUUCCGGUAACUCUUGAGAGGCCUCCUUCCAUCUUGGUUCCACUUAAAGUCCACAGCCCACCACAGGGAUAUCAGCUGUACAUGACCUGCGCUGUCCGUGGCUUCCCCACACCACAUGUCACAUGGUACCUCAAUGGCAACUGCAUCAACUCCAACAACACCUACUACAUCACAAAUGCAUAUGGCGUCUGCUCUAUGUACAUCAUCCGAGUUGGGCCAGAACAUAGUGGCGAGUACAGAGUGGUGGCGGUCAAUUCAUUUGGCAGAGCAGAAUGUUCCACCAAACUAAGAGUGAAAGAUUGA